CAAGCCUAAACAUUUCACUGCGCGAAAAAUCAUACACCACACACACUCGCAUCCCUCUCUCCCUCUCUCUCUGUCUCCACACCUCUCUCUCUCACUUUUUUUUGACCCUCUCCAUCCUUCCUAGUGUUCGCGUGUCUGUUCCAGGUUGGUGUGCUCAAAUGCUCUAAAGGGAGAAAUUAGACACUUCUGCACCCACUCAGGACCAGCUUCUUUUCCAUCUUCUCCUCUACUCCGUCCCUUUCUCUCUCUCUCUCUCUCUCUCUCUCUCUCUCUCUCUCUCUCUCUUUCUCUCUCUCUCUCUUUCUCUCUCUCUCUCUCCUCCUGUCUGACACGAACCACCGCUCGGACACUGAAGAAGAAGUAGAAGAAGAAGAAGUUCGGAGCACGUGACAAAGAGCCGGAACUCCGUUUAUUUAUUCUUUUUUUUUUUACACUCUUAUUUAUUUAUUUAUCUGUCUAUCUCAUUAUUUAUAUGCAACAUAUUUAUUAGCUUACUUCAAGGAUCCACACAAACAUGAAAUUGCUACUCGACUCCUCCUCCUCUCUGCUCUUCUCCGUCCUAUUGGCUCAGCUGCCGUUGUUUACGUCGGCGCUUCCCGCCCACAUGCGACGUCCUGACUUCGACAAGCUGACCAACCAGACGAGGCAUCUGCAGAAGAUGACCCACGACCUAAUAAAUGACCACAAGGGUGAACCGGUGAUCGACCACAACAGGUUCAAAUCUCUUCCAGCCAUCAGCAGCAGAGCCAAUGACCUCAGCUCACUGGAGUUGAAGCCUACGCUUAUUCAGCUCCAUACCGAUUUCAAGAUUUUUGAACACCAUUUCGAGUGGCUGAACAAGGUGACACAGAAGCACCAUCACCCCACGGCAUCAAAGCUAGGUGAAAUGAUCUCGCAUAUUAAGAGUCUCAUCGGCCUGUUACAUCGCCAGAUGCAGUAUGUGGAUGCCCCUCGGAUCUUCCCACCUCCUCUAUCCCUUCCUCAGCCCUCCUCCCAAUGGGAGAUGAAUCAGUCUUCACAGCUGCUUCUUCAGAGGUUCAGGCUUUUCUGUGAUUGGGCGGCGCGUGCUUUCCUCAGCCUCAAGUCCAAAACGCAGGCAUGAGGGUUACCAUCAACCUAUCACGACCCACCCUUUCUACACUACAGCAACUGGCAUCCUCUCCAGCCAUUCCUCUGUCCAUCUAUGAACUACCAGCCUGGUGCGUAUGUGAGCUGAUCAAAUGGCAGUAACGUUGGCGGCACUGAUCUGUAGUCAUUGGCACAUUGAAGCCACAGUGCAAAAAUGAGAACUCCACCUGUCUGCUACAGCUGUGAGUGUUUGGACUACAGCGACACAUCACUGCCAACAGCCUGCUUCUGAUCGUCUGCAUAAUUUCAUCUAAAUUUCACUUUCUUCUCUCGCUCUUCAUGUUUAAAAAAAAAAAUUCAACCUUUUCAUUAUUUAUGUAUUUAUUUAUUUAUUGAGCGGUUAUUUAGUUAUUUAUUUGGUGUCAUUAUUUAUUUGAUUAUUUGAGAGAAAAAAAACACCGUCAUUUUCUUUACCAGUUAUGUACAAGUUUAAAAGUAAAAUGUACUGUUUUGCUGUUUACCAUCUUUCUCUCUUUCCUAUACUAUUGUCUUCUAGCCAUUUUCCCAAAAAUCUGUUGAUAUGCCUCCUAUUUAACAAAUUGUAUACUUUCUCAUAUCUCUCUCUCUUUUUAAAUUCGGGAGGCACGUGUUCACGAUUGUUAACUAGAUUGUUUUGCCACUAGAUGUAGCAAUAUUGCUGGGUUUGUAUGGUGUCUGUUAGUGUAAAAUGAUAAAUUAGCAAAUGGGGGGGGGGGGGGGGGGGAGGGAGGGGGAGUGUCACAACGCACUGACCUACACCAUUGCUGCCUUUUUUUAUCUCCUUUUUUUGUCUCUUUCUUUGCACAGUAUAUUUGGGUUUGUGUUUUCGAUACUCUGAUUCAGAAGAUGUGCUUUUUGACGACUAACCAGUUCUUAAGCAAUGUUAAAUGAAAGAAAAAAAAAAGAAAAACAACCCAAGCCUUAAAAUACUAUGUAUUGUGAUAUCGUGAUUAUUUGGUAAUGUACAGGUGUACAUACAUCAUCCUGAAUGUAAAUUGUUAUGUACAGUGCAAAUGUGUAUUAUAUUAUAGUUUUCUAUGAUAUAAGGCCCCUUGCUCUGGCAAUUGUAUCGCAAUAUCGAAAUUAUUCUGUUUUGAUUUUUUUUUUUUUUAGUAUUUUGAUAUACUAUUUAUUAUGUUUUCAUGUUAUUUAUUUUCACUGAAGAGAAGCAAGCCUUCUGUAAUUUUUAUACUUUUAUACUACUUAUAAUCAGACUUUAUCAUUGCUAUUGAAAUUUUUAUGUUCGACUGCAUUGCCUCACAUGAUGUAGGUGACAUUGCUGUUUGACAGAAAGAUGUCAAGAGUGUGUCAGAUACAAUAAUAAAGAGUUAAUAGCAACGAA